GAGCUGCCGCGGCCGGCGGCGGCCGGCAGGGGGCGCGGUGCCGCCAGCCCCCGCUCCGCUCCGUUCGGCGGAGCGCUCGGUAUCGGCGAGACGGCGCAAGACAAAAGGCGCGGCGGCGGCGGCGGGGUCACGGGCGGCGGGGCCAUGGGCGGCGGGGCGGCGCCAUGAGGCGGCGGCGAGCAUGGCGGCGGGCGGCGGCGGGGCGCGGCGGGGGCUGCUGAAGCGGAAGCCGAACUUCACGCUGCAGGAGAUCGACAUCCUGAUGAGCGAAGUGCUCAAGUACGAGCAGCUGCUCUUCGGCGCCGCCGCCAGCACCGUCAACGCCUACGAGAAGCAGAAGAUCUGGUGGCGCAUCACCAACAAGAUCAACGCCGCCGGCCGCAACCAGCGCGACAUCGGCGAGGUGAAGAACCGCUGGCGGGGGCUGCGCCGCCGGGCUAACGAUAAGAUCACCCGGCACCGGCAGGAGAGGCAGGGACCCGCCGUUCGAGCCGCCGGCCGAGCCGGCAACGGCAACGGGAACGGAUCCGGGCCGGGCCCGCCGGAGCUCGGCCCCGGGCCCGCGCCCGGUUGGGGACCGCGAGGCGCCGCCGGCAUCGAACCGCCGCUCCUCAGCGUCGAGGGGGUGGCGCCGCACGGCGUCAAGGAGGAGCCGGUGAAGGAGGAGCCGGUGGAGGUGAAGACUGAGCCUUUCCACAGCCCGGCCACUGACAGCGUCCCCGGCCACGGCGCUGAGCGCCGGCUGCCCCGCGCCGGCACCGGCGAGCUGGGCGAGGGCUGGAGCCGGAGCCCCCCCUGCCCCGCGCCCCCCGAACUCUCCCUCAGCGACCUGGGUGGGCAACAGGAGCCAUUGGGCUCCGAUUUCCCGAGCAUCCUCUUCGAGCAAGAGGCCGAGCAUCUCAAUAACUGCAGCGCGGGCGAAGCGGGACCCGCCGGGACAACGCGGCUGUCGGAUGGGGCAGCCGACUGCGCCCAGCUCAGCCCGGCCGAGAAACGCGUCGUCCAGUCGAACGAACGGCUGGUGCAGGAGAUGCGGGCGUUCCGCCGGGAAUACGCCGAGAGCCGCCGGGAGACCAGCUCCAUCCUGCGCGGCAUCGCGCAGGCGCUGGGCGGCCUGAGCCGCAGCCUGGCCGAAAUCCGUGACCUCUACCUCCGGGGACAGGUGGUCCCCAAGCCCUGAGCCCCACGCAGCUGGCUGUGUGCGCCCACGGCCGCCGGGGACCACCCUGGGGAUGGGUUUUCCGUGCCCCCCCACUGCCCGGCUUGCUUCUUUUAUUAUUUUUAUUAUUAUUAUUUUUUUCCUCUCCAACCCACUUAAAUAAAACUCAGAGCUGGCCCCCGA